AUGCUUCAUGCACUAGAGGCUGGUCGGACAAAGCUUGAUGAGUACUACUCUCAAACUGAUUAUAUUCCAGGGCACAUUUAUGCAGUCAGUACGAUGCUGGCACCAGUAAAUAAAUUCAAAUUCUUCCUUACAAAGGAUUGGGAUCAGAAAUGGCGGGAUAUCUAUCGCAAGUCCUUCCAACAGGCUCUUAUUCCAUAUCAAGAGCAACUUUCAACAAGUAACCGGUCUUCAGACGGGUCUCACUCAGCAGCUCGGCUAAGCUCAAAGCUUGAUAAGAUGUUAGAUGAGAGUGAGGCACAGCCAAAUGCAGCAACUGAUGAAAUGACCCAAUACCUUGAUAGUGAUACUAUUCAUAUUGCGCCUCUUGCAUUCUGGAAAGAGCAUCAAACUCGCUUUCCAGCAAUUGCUGCCCUUGCGCGGGAUAUACUCUCCUUUCCUGCAACAGGCGCAGGAGUUGAACGGCUCUUUAAUACUGCUCGGGAUGUCUGCCAUUAUUGUCGAGGGAGAAUAAAGUCGCAGACGAUUGAAGAAUUAAUGAUGUUUCUUUGCACUUCAAGGUUUGAUAUAGAAGAGCAGGAGGCAAAGCUUCUAGAGAAGUUCUUCUCCUAUGAGGAAAUGGAAUCUGCAAAGGAGGAGAAGGAUGAAAAGCUUGACAAGAUUGAGAUAGAUCUAAUUAGUGAUACUGAAGAGCAGUAUACUAUAAUUAAUGAUGAGAUAGGGCUAGACGAGAUAGGCGAGGCAGAUGAAGUAGGUGAAGCGCAGAUACCACUGCCUAGGAACAACACCCAGGUACGGGUCUCAGGACGGAAGCGCAAGAGUCGAGAUGACGAUAUCUUUGAGUAUCAUUAG